AUGGCAGCGGCGAGGUCGGUGGCGAAUUCGAGUCGGCUCGCUUCUCGAAAAACGAGAUAUGCGUCAUCGGCGGUCACAGCUCUUGUCAAGACUGCACGGAGUCAACACACGAAUUCCUCUUCACGAAGGCGACUGCACUCGAGUUCGCCGAAAGAUGCCUCGAUACCUCUCACCACGCCCGCUUCUACAACUCCCGCCCAGUCCCAAGCUACCCUAACCGUGCCCAGUGCGCCAGCGCUGUCGCAGCUACCGCUCUCCCAGAUUCUCCGAACCUACUUCAUGACAAGCAUUUCCUCCUCUCCACCCCUCAUGUCCGCCUCGACAGGUCUCCUCCGAGCAAUGCUCGAAUCCAACUCCCCCAUCUUCGAUCUUCGAAAUCCGGUAAUGCGCCAGCUCUUGUACGAAACCUUCUACAAGCAGUUCUGUGCUGGAUGGGACAAAGCGAGCAUACAAAAGACAACCUCGGAGAUGAGGAAUUUGGGAUAUGCGGGAGUCAUACUCGAGUAUGCAUUGGAAGUGCUGAAGGAUACUACCACCAAGACAGAUGAAGGGAAAGAUGUAGAGAUCUGGAGGAGCGGGAUGCUGGAGACGGUGGCUAUGGCGGCACCGGGAGAUUUCCUGGGGCUGAAGUGGAGUGGUAUGGGACCAGCGGCGAUGAGAAGGAUGAAGACUAACGAGGACCCGAGUCAGGAGAUGAAAGAAGCAAUGCAUGCUGUCUGUAGAGCAGCGAGGGAUAAGAAUAUUGGAUUGUUGCCUGCGGCGGAGGAAACCUGGAGUUUAGAAGGGUUUCAUCGGUGGUGCAUGGACUUGCAGAGGGAAUACAAUGUCAACGGCAAGAGUGUGAUCUACGGAACGUAUCAAGCAUACCUCAAGCAGAAUCCGCAAUGGCUGGCCAGGCACCUCGAAGUCGCGAAGGCGGAGGGCUUCACACUGGGAGUCAAGCUGGUACGAGGAGCAUAUCUGGGAUCUGAAAAGAGGUCAUUGAUCUGGCCAGACAUCGAGACGACGCACCAUGCCUACGACACCACCGCUUCCGCGCUCAUCCACAGAGAAUACAACUCCCUGCUGCAAUCGACCACGCUCUCCUCGCCCUUCCCGCAAGACAUCAACGUCGUGAUCGCCUCGCACAACGCCUCCACAGUCGCGAAGACUCGCCUCUGGCGCCAAACCCAAGCUUCGCACGAUCUCUCCCUCACACCUCUCGUCUACGCACAGCUGCAAGGGAUGGCAGACGAAGUGUCGUGCACCUUACUAGCUGCAGCCAAAUCCGGCGCUGCAGGUGAGAAGGGAGUCAAGGAGAGGGUGUUCAAAUGCACAACGUGGGGGGAGAUGCACAUGUGUUUGAAUUAUUUGCUGCGCAGGGCCGCGGAGAAUCGAGAUGCGGCGAGCCGGACGAAAGCUACGAGGGAUGCUAUGGGGGAGGAGAUUCGAAGGAGAAUGUUCGCCGGCGCUGGGAUGGGGUGA